UCCUGAUACACACUCACACUCCUUCACCAUUCAUAUAAACGAACCAUUUAAUCAUCAUCAGCAUCAUAACCACAACAACAAGACCUUCAUAGGAUUUUCUUCAUCCAUGAAGCUCUUCAGCAAAUUCCGCAAGAUUCUCAUGAAGAUCAUCUUCAUCGUUCCCUCCUCUUCUUCCUCUGCCACCGUACGUCGUCACAAAACCACCGACUCCCGGAGUGGCGGCGAGAGGCUAGAGACACCGAAGAUAUCGUGCAGUAAUUCGUACUACUCCUCUCAUUCUCACUACAGUGAAGCUAUCUCAGAUUGCAUUGACUUUUUCAAUAAGUCAUCGACUGAUAAUAUGUCUCACAAAGAACGUGAUGACCAGAUUGUACAUGAUCGCGAAUGUUUUUACGUGUAG